ACUUUCAAAUAACUACUCUAUAGCRUCAUAAAUAUAUUGUUUUAUUCACCAAUGAUGGAUUGAUUGACUGGCAUGCAUAKUCCAGCAGCUGAAGUGCUUGGAUCAAAAUAAAUUUUAAUUUUAAAAAGACUCCCUCAGAGAACAUCUUUCAUGCUUUGUGACUUAACCAUUAGACAUAAAGGAGUGUCCCCGUGUCAUUCUUUGUGUAAUUUUACGAACAUAUAUACACAAAGUGUAGGCAGAUAAACUACACAAGGAUGAACGAGUCAAGCUUAGUACUUUACAAUUUCUCKAACACMAGYUCGGYAAACACCCACUGCAAGUACAAUGAACCAUAUAGCGAUUUAGAGCAAAUUUCAAUACGUGUAGUCUUCGCUCUCCUAACUACAGUAGGGAUUUCUCUCAACAUCUUCGUCAUCAUACUCGCUGUCAAAUUCCUAGAACGUAAGAACCUGCAUCAUUUGAUCAUUAACAUGGCCGUAUCAGAUGCUCUAUUUCUCGUCAUGUUGUUAUUGAGUGAUGGUCCACGGCUUACUGGCAUUAAAUCGAUAUAUCCCACCAGUACAUUGGCCGGUGUAAUAUUCUGUAAACUUACAUCUUUUGUCAAAGAAACCUCAUACAAGGUGUCGUUAUUCAGCCUCUUAGUUAUCAGCAUCGGACGAUUUAAAGCAGUAGGACUAAGUGCUUUUCAGAAUUCAAAAAGACUCACCAAGAAACAACGUUUUGCUGUACUUGGUUUCUGCUGGUUGAUUCCCUUGCCAGCCUCUGUUUGCACGACGUAUCUAGUAGCAUUCUCCACUAAGGGUGAUUGUAUGAUAGAUGUUAGACGAGGAUCUGGUCCAUUAGCGUUUUAUUUUCUGUCGAUUUACAAUCUUUUGAUCCUUAUUGUAUGUUGCGUAAUAGUUGUUCUUAGCAUUCAAACAACAAGACGACUGUCCAAACCACUGCCCAUCCAAGCCAAUUUAAGCAGAGAACAGUUAAACAUGCGAAAACGUCGAAUUGAAGCAGCAGUUCGAACGGUUUUAGUUUCGGCAUUGUUAUAUCCUCUCUGCUUUAUCCCUAAAUUCAUACAUCAGCUUUUACUGGUAGUCGACGCUUUCAUUCUACCAAAGGAUGCACCUGGUAUUUUGACCAAUUCAUCGGUCUGCAUUGACUUAAGGUCUCUUCGUAUUAUUGUGAAGUAUUUUCUACCUAUUAUCAACUCCUGUUUCAGUCCUUGCAUAUACAUCAUAUUUCUGUCUGACUUCAGAGGAGCAGCGAGGAAAGUAUUUUGUCGAGGAGAGGUACUAAACCAUUCAACAAGUCGACGAAAUACCAUUGAGCUCCAGGAAAUGCGAAGCGCAAACUCAAACGAACCUAACAUGCGAAGACGAAAUUCUUGUGCGGAUCACGAAAAAUUCAAAAUCUAGUAACGAUGCCUAGCCUUGAACGUUGCAUUCAAAAAUUAGCAGAGCAGUAACAAACUUGAAAAUUACGUUUUAUCAAAGGUGCAGACAGUGGACACUUCUAUUCAAACAAACACUUUAGACCAACAUUAAUUUAUGGAAUUAAUAGUUUUUUAGUUAAAAUGUAGAUGGUGUGAAAAUAAGCUUUGGGGAAAGAAACAGACUUUCAAUUCUUGUUUAUUUUAUGUAGAUAUUCCUUGUUCUCUCAAAGUCAGCAAAACUUCUUAUUUAUCUUUGUCCAAAGUAACUUCAGGUAUUCUUAUUUGUACGUGGAAAUGAUUACUAGCAAACAUCUGUAUUAUACCCGAUUUGUUUAUCAAAACUGAACCAACACAGCCGGAGAAAUUAGAAUAGCAAAGCUAGCCGGCGUACUGAGAUGAAAUGAGCAAUGUCGUCGUGUGAGAUAUCUCAACUCCAAUUACGACGAAUACUGAAAUAUAAUAUCUUGCGGGCAUAAAAUAAAAAUAAUAU